GACGAAGGCUAUAUCGUCAGUCACAAGCGAAUUGCCUUUCUCACUGCUUAGUUUAAUAAUACUAAUUUUUGCAGUGAAAAUGAAACAGUUUAUACUUUUAAUCACCCUGCUUGGGAUGACAGUGCAAGGACAACUCUGGGGUGGGGGUGGCGGAGGAGGUGAUUGCAGCUCAGGUUGUCCGGAUUUCGAGUGUCACAAGGAUAUGCGCUGCUUUAGCACCGUUGCCAGUAAGGAUGCCGUCCUGCUUCCUCAUGAAGAUUGCAACCAAUUCUACAAGUGUCAAGCUGGAUUCAUGGCAUGUCGGUUCAAUUGCCCUAAAGGACUCCAUUUCAACAAGGAGAAAAUGGUCUGUGAUUGGCCGUGGUUUGCAUGCUGUGACGAUAGGAUACCUUGCAUUAAACGAUGCGAGCCAGGAAUCACAUGUCCAGAUGGUACGACCACCACAAUGAGGCCAACAACUACACCUCGACCACCACCACCACCCUGCAGCACUGGAUGCCCGGAAUUCAACUGUACCAAGGAUAUCCGCUGCUUCAGUACCAUUGCCAGCAAGGAGGCCGUCCUUCUUCCUCAUACGAAUUGCAAUAAGUUCUACAAGUGCCAGUCUGGAUUUUUGGCAUGCGAGUUCGACUGUCCGAAGGGGCUGCACUUCAACGAUGUCAAAAAAGUCUGCGAUUGGCCAUGGUUGGCAUGCUGUGACAAAAAUGGUCCCUGCAUAGAACCAUGCAUCCCGGAAGUUACAUGCCCACCAGGUAAGACGACUACAACGACCCGGCCCACGACUACGACCCCACCCACGCCUGCUCCCUGCACCACUGAAUGCCCGACAAACUGCCAUGAGGAUCGUCGCUGUUCCGGUGUUAUUUCUAAAGGGGAAGCCAUUCUCUUGCCUCAUCUCCAGUGCGACAAAUUCUGGAAGUGUAUGGAUGGAUCAAACAGGGCCUGUGAGUUUGAAUGCCCACCUGGACUACACUUCAACAGAGAAAAGAACGUUUGUGACUGGCCGUGGUUCGCAUGUUGCGAUCCUAGAAUAGAAUGUAAGAAGCCUUGUAUUCCUGGAAUAACUUGCGCACCCUCCUCUUUCGGCGGUUACUGAAAGUUGAAUCAUGUCAAUUAAUUGCAGUGCAAAUACAGUAGCAAUACAGUGAAAUUUAACUUCAUUUACAAUUUUUUUCUUUAAAUUAGUUGACAAAUAUAUUACACGUGCAUUCAAAGAA